UGGGAAGAAAUGGGGUGGGGUUCUAGUUGGAGCACUGGCUACCCGUUACAUAGCAUGCUGUGUUAUGGUGAUGGCAUCUGAAGAUGAAGUCAGUCUUCUGGUCAUUGUAGUGGAUGUCAAUCCUAUUUGGUGGGGCCAGCAAGCUAAUAGAGAGCCUCAGUUCACUCUGUCCAAGUGUUUGGAUGCUGUCAUGGUAAUGGGUAACUCCCACCUAGUCAUGACUAGGAACAACAAGCUGGCCAUAAUUGCAAGCCAUUGUCAAGAAAGUCAUUUUCUGUAUCCUUUUAAACUUUGGAAAUCUGGAGAUGGUCAUGGGGAUGACAAUCCAUCAACAAGUGGGGAUGGCAAGUAUGAGCUUUUGUCGGUUGCCAAUGACAUCAUGGCAGAAGAGAUCAAGAUUCUCAUGUCAAGAACUGAAGUGAAGGGCAACCAGACAGAUACUCUACUGGCUGGAUCACUUGCCAAAGCUCUCUGCUAUAUACAUAGAGUCACAAAGGAGUUGGAAGCUGGACAAGAAAUUAAGUCAAGGAUAUUGGUCAUAAAAGCUGCAGAUGACUGUGCUUUGCAAUACAUGAAUUUCAUGAAUGUGAUAUUUGCUGCCCAAAAGCAGAGUAUCCUAAUAGAUGCCUGUGUGUUGGACUCAGACUCAGGUCUCCUACAGCAGGCCUGUGACAUAACCGGAGGAUUGUAUUUGAUGAUACCACAGAAGAUUGCGUUGGCACAAUAUCUUCUGUGGGUAUUCCUGCCAGACUCUGACCAACGCUCCCAACUGGUGCUGCCACCUCCUGUCCAUGUAGAUUACCGAGCAGCGUGCUUUUGCCACAGAAACCUAAUUGAGAUUGGUUAUGUCUGCUCUGUGUGUUUGUCUAUAUUCUGCAACUUCAGUCCUAUCUGCACAACGUGCGAGACUGCCUUCAAAAUUCCAUUGCCUCAGAUGGUGAAGGCAAAGAAGAAGAAACUCAAGCCAUCAACGUGACAAGCAAAUGCUGAUGAUGUACAUGGACAUUUAAAACAUAGUUCAUUAUUUCAUUAGUUAAUUAUUAUUAAAUGUUAAUAUUGUUGUUUUAUCACCAAUUUGGUAAACUAAAGGUGAUGUUGUGUGAACAUAUUGGGUUAGGCCACAGAUGGCCAUCCAAAUUCACACAGGACGAGUUCAUCACCACAAAAGAUAACAUGCAAAAAGUCUAGCUUUUGAUACUUUGAAAUAUAAAAUGUGGUCUAUUAUCAA